GCUCAAAUGACAUGCAGUCGAAGUCAAUACGUUAGUAAUUGCUUGAAGUUUAUAACAAAAGUAAAUCGACAUAUUUUUAGGAGCCAAAAGAGUGCCAAUUUGUCGAAUUAAGACUCUGUUAGGUCCAUAUAAAAAAAACAUAAAAUUUAAGGGGCUCAUUUGAACUAUGACCCCCGGAAAAAAACAUUCAAACCCAUAAAUAGCUGCGGCGACGGACGGCUGCUUUCCCGAAAUAAACACUGCGAUUACAGCUAAGGAACAAAAAAUUCCAACACCAAAUUAAUGGGUGACGCAUUCAACAACUAUGGUAAUGGCGGUGAGGACCGAAGCCAAUCCGACCCAUUCAGCUUGUUCGCGGGCUGGUCCUCCAGACCCGACCCGAUCCACCUCUUCUCCGACUCCUCCGACCAAGACAGCCGAUUCCCCUUCUCCAACUGCAACGACGUCGUUUCUCAUCAGCUCCUCCCUCAAACCACCACCGAGCUCGACGGGAUCUUCACCCAAAGGCAGUUCCUUCUAAACGACGACGCUUCACCACCAAUCCUCCACCACGCCCCGAAUCCCGACCAUUCCUCCUCCGCAGCUCUAUUCGACCUCCUGCGAUCCGGAGCCCCGAUCAGCCACAGACCCAACAGCAGCAACAUCACGAUCCAGUCGGCGGCGGAGGAGGAAGAUUCCGGCAGGCCGUCCACCGAAGAUCUCCUCCGAAUCGCCGGAGCCAGGUUCAUCCAAUCGUCGUGGAAACCGGGCGGCGGUAGUAACACUAACAACACAAACAACAACAACCCGCCACUCGACGAACUCUCCUUCGCCGUCGGCCUGUCCGACGAGGAGGCGAGGAGCGUCGAGCUGGCGGAGUCCCUCCUGACCGCGGCCCAAAAAGUCGGGGACGGGCAGUACGAUAAGGCAAGCAUUCUGCUGACCGAGUGCGAGCUCCGGUCUGACCCCGAGGGCGACCCGGUCCAGCGGCUGGUCCACUACUUCGGCCGGGCGCUUCGGGAGAAGACCGACCGCGAGACCGGGAAGCAGCAGCAGUGCUGUAGUCUGGCGGGGCCGGAGAAGGUGGAGGAGAUCCUGAUGUUCCCCAGGAGGUGCUUUCUCGAGUUCUACGACAAGGUGCCCUUCGGGCAGGUGUCGGAGUUCGCGGCGAUUCAGGCCGUGGUGGACAGUGUGUGUGGUUCGAGGAGGAUUCAUAUUGUGGACUUUAAUAUAAAGAAUGGCGAGCAGUGGACGAUAUUCAUGCAGGCGUUGGUCUCCAGGGACGAGGUUCAAUCGGUGGAUCAUUUGAAGAUCAGCGCGGUCGGGAUCAGGUCGAGAGACGUUAUGGAAGAGACUGCCCAGAGGUUGGUCGACUUUGCAAGGACAAUGGCAUUGCCAUUCUCAUUCAACCUGGUCAUGCUGGACGACUUCGCCGACCUCAAGGAGGACACGCUGGCGGUGGAGCCCGGCGAGGCGGUCGCCGUCCUGUCGGAGUACCUCCUCACCACUCUGGUCGCACACUCGGACAAGCUGGACCGUGUGAUGAAGACGAUCGCGACCCUGAACCCUUGCGUCAUGGUGGUGACUGAGGUCGAAUCGAACCACAACUCGCCCGUCCUGAUCAACCGGUUCGUCGAGUCGCUGUUCUACGCGAGCGCCUACUUCGACUGCCUGGAGGCCUGCAUGGACCGGGACAGCCCACACCGGCGGUUCGUGGAGCUGACCGUGUUCGGGGAAGGGAGCAGGAUCAUCGUCGCGGCGGAAGGGGAGGAGAGGGCGUUCAGGAGCGUGAAGAUGGAGGUGUGGAGGGCUUAUUUCAGGAGGUUCGGAAUGGAAGAGGCGGAUCUGAGCCUGUCUUGCCUGUACCAGGCGGAGCUCGUCACCAAGAAGUUUACCUGUUGGAGGCAUUGCACGAUUGGUGUGGACGGGAAGAGCUUGAUUGUUGGGUGGAAGGGGACGCCCAUUCAUUCUGUUACUGCCUGGAAGUUUAACUGCGAAUGAAGUGACGAUAGUGGCGCGGAGCCAGGAAUUUUUUUUUUUUUAAAAGUUGAAUUAUCUAUGCUCUGAGUUAUUUGAGUUAGGGUUUGCUUGCUGCUGUUCAGGCUACUUCUUAGCUUGUUUUGGCAUGACUUGUUUUCUUUUUUAUCACAAUCAUGGUUUCGAUUCCGUCUCUUGUAAUUUUUUAUUUCCUUUCUCCUGUAAAAAAUGGUAUCACUCUUAUAAAUGGAAGGUAUUUAC